GAUCAUUUCGUACACAACUUCUUCUGGGUCACCCGAUGCCGGCUUAUUUGCAGCAGAAACUUCAGCAUUGCGACCACGACAUGUUGUGACGUAGGCUGGAUUGUCUUCUGUCUUCACAUCAGUAUUGGCCUCAUGAGAAGUUCUAACUUUGACGCAUGCAGCGAUGGUUCCAGCAGUCACCGCUAUUAUUCCAAACACUGCUAAGACGCCUCCAACCGCCAGUAUAGUGGAUUGAGCCUGGCUCUCUGUAUCAGGAACUGUGCUAUCAGGGCCUACC